AUGCAACAUCAAGAUAUUCCCGCUGUCGCUGUUUAAUGAAAAAUUGAUGUCUUAAUCGAUGAUAUGCGGGCACAUGCGCGGAAAAGCUGACAGAAAUACAACCAACGACAGGGCAAGGGGAGCUUUAAAUAGUAUAACUCAAAGGCAGAUCGGACAAACCGUUAUUUUUCCGUUGUCUAAUUGUAGAGCGGUUCGGGCAGACUUCUUUUUAUGAUAAGAAAUAGAAGUCUGAAUCAGCACUGAGUUAAUUUAUCAAGUAAUCGAAACCCGAGCAGGACAGACUUCAUUGUAAUCACCGAAUGUGCCGUUACGCGUGAACAGACCUGUUCGGCGGUCACUCAUAUGUUUUCAUCACGCUGCUAAAGUCGUCGUUGUCAGGUUUAUUAAAGUCAGUAACUAAAGUCCGAUCAAAGUCAGCUCGAUUCGGUCACGUUUGUGCGUGCAUUCAACAAUAUUCUUUGUGACUUCCUGUCCUCGUGAUCGCAUGUCAUCCAAGUUCUCACGUAUGACGACGUAACCUACUGUCGCGUUGCGUUGCUCAUAUGAUCGUCGUCUACACGACCUCGCCUAUAACUUUAUCUUCAGUCUGACAGAUAAGUUCUGACGCUUCCACGUGGAAUUCGCAAUGUACGGGUGUUAUGCCACUUGAUACUGAAGUUACAACGAGGUCAGCUCACUGCGUUGGAUGCUUCGUGUGCAGGACUUGUAAUAAGUCUAGUAUUUCAUUUUUCGGGAAGAAUUUUCUUGCUGCUUGCGUCUGUGAAACGUCACAUCAAAGUGAGUGCACAGGCUGUUGACAUCUGAUUAGUGAAGAGCUGCUGAACAGAGAAGCAGAGAAGCUAGAACGAGUGCAGGACACGAAGCAGAAUCUGUUUAAAGGCAGUACUGAGCUAUAUGGGAAGGAUGAACAGAAAAACCAAUAGUGCAUCUGCCAGAUUAAAGCAAGAUUAUCUUCGUCUAAAAAAGGAUCCGGUACCAUAUGUAUUAGCAGAGCCAGUACCUUCUAACAUAUUAGAAUGGCAUUAUGUUGUAAAAGGACCAGAGAAGACUCCAUACGAAGGUGGCUUCUACCAUGGCAAGUUGAUAUUUCCAGGAGAAUUUCCAUUCCAACCACCUAGUAUUUACAUGACUACACCAAAUGGUCGUUUUAAAGUCAAUACCAGACUAUGUCUGUCCAUUUCUGACUUCCAUCCUGACACAUGGAAUCCAGCGUGGAGUGUGUCCACCAUUCUCACAGGAUUGCUUAGUUUUAUGAUUGAAAAAAGUCCUACACUUGGCAGUAUUAGUACAACAGACGAUGAGAAGAAACAACUAGCUGCACAGAGCUUAGAAUACAACUUGAAGGAUAAGAUGUUCUGUGAACUCUUCCCAGAAACUGUUGAAGCAAUCGAAGCUGAGUUGGAACGACGGAAAGAGCUGGAGAAACAAGCAAGGCAUCAAUCCACCGCCUCCGAAGUCUCUUCAUUGAUACGAGAUCAGUUGCAGAGAGAGCAGAGCCCAUUCAACAGCACCUUGGCUAAUCUCGUCGUUAUUAUCGGCUUCGCAGCGUUCGCGUAUACAGUAAAAUACGUGCUGAGGAGUAUCGCCACGGAGUGAAUUAAGAGCGAGUCGAACGUCAAGUCACAGCGGUCGUAAUAUGGCAAGAAGCUAUCAUCUGAUCUG